UCAUCGGUCGGGGCCGCGGCCUUUUGCGCAGGAGAAGGCGGAGGGGAAACCAAAACGGGGGGGCAGGAUGGCGGCGGGGCCGACGCGGCCCUCCCGGCCCCGCAAGGAACCGCAGCCGCUGGUCAUCCCCCGGAGCGCAGCGGACGAGCAGCGUCUGAAGCUGGAGAGGCUCAUGAGGAAUCCGGUGAGGGGGCGGGGCAUAAGUGUUAGUGGGCGUGGCUACCUCUCCCCGCUCCCACCCCUGCAGUGUAGGCACCAGGGCCUCCAUUGGGGAUAGGUGAGGUGGAAAACCCCUCCCCCAUUUCUCCCCUCAGUAACUACCCUCUUACUCAGUUUGCUUCAAUGAAGAGGUAGAGGCCCCCCUUUUAUUUCCUCUUUUCUCUUAUAUUUGGCAGUCCUUUUCUGCUCUCACCAGGCUUGCCCACUAAUAUAUUUUCCCCUCCCCCGAUUCCUAGUUAACUUGUAUGAAGAAGGGAGUACAGUGGUACCUCGGGUUACAUACGCUUCAGGUUACAGACUCUGCUAACCCAGAAAUAGUACCUUGGGUUAAGAACUUUGCUUCAGGAUAAGAACAGAAAUUGUGCUCCAGCGGUGCAGCAGCAGCAGGAGGCCCCAUUAGCUAAAGUGGUGCUUCAGGUUAAGAACAGUUUCAGGUCAAGAACGGACCUCCGGAAUGAAUUAAGUACUUAACCCGAGGUACCACUGUAUUUGCUUACCCACAGGGGGAAUCAAGUGCACAUAAGGGGGAAAUUCCACGUGCGCGCGCCCGCUCCUCUCUCAUAAUACUGGAACCUGAGUUUUUGUGAUGAAGCUGGUUGGUCAGGACAGACGAAAGGAAGUACUUCUUCACACAGUAUGGAAUCUGUGGAACUCACUGUCACAGGACGUGGCAGUGGACACCAACUUAGAAGGCUUUAAAAGGAAAUGGGGAAGCUGAUGGAGGAUAAAGGCUGCAUUAUGGCUAUAUUCUACCUCUAGCGUGAAAGAAAGGCAGAGUGUCUCAGAAGACCAGUUGCUAGGGAACAACAGCAGAAAAGUGCUAUCGUGCUCAUGCUGUGAUCAUGGGUGUCCCAGGGGUAUUCUGUUAGCCACUGCAGGGAAAGAGGAUUCUUGGCUUCUAGUCUUAUUCAGCAGGGCUCUCCUUAUGUUCCUUUGCCACAAUCCUAUUGAUCCCUAUCCUCACCCUAUGCAUUUGCAUUAUUAGGUAAUGCUAGACCACUCAUCAAAAAUGGUGGCAAAAACAAAAAUGAAGGGUGGAAUGAGAACUUUAGAGAUCUGGGAGAAUAGAACAGAGUUUGCAUGGUGCCCCAAAAGUGAAACAAGUAGGGUGGGAGUUUCUUAGAUCGAUGGCACAACACAAUAUGAGUCUAUACUCUGAGAGUGUCCAUCUGCAGAUAAGCUUAAUACCUGGGUAGGUUUAUAUGAUACGAAGUUGAAGGUGUUGAUGCCCUCAUCCCAUCCUGUUUAACCAGGCCCUUUGGCAGUGAGUGUCUCCUUCCGCCUUUGUCUUUCUUGGCUUGCAUGUAUGCAUUUAUGGAACAAAUUUAUAUGUUGCCUUUCCUCUAUUUAGGUCUUUGAGGCAAAUUACAAAAGUAGUUUGAAUCUCAUUGGUUUUGUACUUGGUGGGAGUGGGCAUCUGCCUAUAGACCUUACAGACUAGAGCACUCCCAACAGACUCCUGUUACUUUGCGCUUGCCUACUCUGCAGGACUGAAUAGAGCUCUCUAGGGUAGCUCUCCAUUGAUGCCUCUAUGGCAGCAUAAAAAGAGAAGGCAUAUAUUUAAAUGGUCAUCCAUUAAAAUAUAUAUUGGCUGCUUUUCUGUGCAGAUGCCUUUUCAAACUGGUGUACAAUCAAAAACAACAAAAAGAUACAAGGAACAGCAAUGCAAAGUUUUAAAACUACAACUCAGCAAUAAAUUUCUUUUUAACAGAGCCAGAUAUAAUCUUAUUCACCCAGACCAUCUCUCAGCUAAUAAACAUCAUGCCUGAAAGGCCAAUUGAAGAUUAUAGGCCCUUUCAAAAAGCCUGCAAUUUGGAAAUAUCCGAGGAAUGGAAAUUCCAUAGCUGUGAGGCUACCAUAGAGAAGGGCCUCUCCCACAUGGCCACCCACAUUACCAGGGAGUCGGGACACUUGAAAGCCUCUGAAGCAGAUCUUUAAAAGUGUGGGCAGCCCAACAAGUAAAGGUUACUUAUUCUGACAACAUAGUGUAUGUUGACUCUGAAGUAAAGGUGCUUCCAGGCUGUCAGUGUUUUCAGGUGGGAUUCAACCAUAUCCUGGCAAGCACAGGCUGCACAAAGAAAGCUGAUGUGAAGCUUUUCUGCAACAAAACUGCUUCCGUGAAAGAUUGGAAUUAACUGCUACAGAAAGUGACAGGAAGAUUCACUGAAAAGUCUGGGAUAACACUUGCUUUGAUGCAAUGUAGUCUAGUCCCCCACGCCAACAACUGGAGGUGACUUGAGUCUCCACUUAAUGAGGCUUACUCCCAGAAGGGGACUGCAGUCCUGCGUAGAACAUGCUUUUAAAUGUGCAUUGCCCUGAACACUUUGUGUGUGUAGAUUCCUAAAUGCAAUUAAAUGCAUAAAUUCCACUUGUGUAGUUAUUGCAGUGAGUGCUUGUGGAGAAGGGCAGGGGAGAGCUUAGUGUCCUAUUCUUCACAUCCUAUCUCAUUCUAGUGCCUUUACUUAUAAAUUACUUUAAUCCUGCAGUUCCCUUCUGAAUGCACAUCUGUAUAUGUGGGGACAGCUACCUGACCCUGCUCCCCUAAGCACAUUCAGCAGAGAUUUCACCAAUUCUGUCCAUUACUCUUGAGCUGCUCUGUGUGUGUGUGUGCGCGCACGCACGCACAUCCAUGCAUGUAUGUAUGUACGUAGCAUGGGAUUGUAUUCAACAAGAAAACCUGUUACUUGCACACAUUCUGAGAGCCUGAGCCAACACGUGCAGGCAAAGAAGUGCAAACUUCCCAAUCCAGCACCCUGAUGGGGAUGCAAGUCAUCCCCUCCUCUGUCAUCAGAUUGAUCAUUUGAUACAUGGGGUAAUAAGAGUAGAUAGAUGAGUUGAGGAGAGGGGAGGUCUGUGUGUGACCUACGGUAUAUGUACAUGUGUGUUCUUUGUGUAAAUGUGUGUGAGAAGGCCACACCCACCCUGGCAUGUGAUCCCCAGAGGGUGGCCAAGAGUGAAUAUAGCCCUUAGAUCAAAAGGAUUUAUCACCCAUGAUAUAGCUAGUGUGACACUUUAUUGUCUGCAGCCAAAUGCCCAAUAAAUUCUUGGGUAAAAAGAUCAGUUCUGUUUUACUUAAUGUUCCCACUUCUGUUUAGAUCCAUGCUUUAAUAGCUUUGAAGAAUUGCUCUCUCCUCCUAGAGAAACAGUGUCACAGUAUUGCUCAUUUCUUGUUGCAGGAUAAGACAGUUCCAAUUCCUGAAAAGCUCAAUGAAUGGGCGCCCCGUCCGCCUCCAGAAUUUGUCAGAGAUGUUAUGGGUAAGUAGCUAUUUUUAGGUGGCUUCUUAGCUUAAGCACUGUGCUUCUAGAGGAAUGUGCUUAAUAGGGAAGGGAAAUAGAUGAGGAUUGAGUAGUCAUAAGAUAAGGGGCUUGAAACUUUGUAGGGGAUGAGGGGGUGUUCUUGCAGCCAUCUUGCCCUUGCCAUAUUACCAAUUAUUUUUCACUGGCAUUUGGGUGAUUACUGAUAUGAGUCACACUUCUGAAUCCCCACGGUUUGAAAUCAUGUGUGACGUUUGUGACCAUAAACACAGAGAAUCAGAAGAGUGAAUGAUUCAGGCUCUGAGAUGUGUGCACACUUAAAAAAGUAAUGUUUACACUGAUGAGAAGCAGCAGAGACAAAUGGGGUUCCAAAUCUGGGUCUUCUGUAGCCAGGGCUCUGUGUAUCUGUCAUGAUCCUACAGGAGUGUUGCUUUCUGAGAACCCUGGUCUUCACUCUAGACGAAAAGCAGGUUUCUAGCCUGCAUGGCUGAAAAGAUAUCCUUCAAAAUGGUCUAUUGAGAUCUAAGAAACCAGAGGAGUUGCUGGAUUAAUUUUCAGGUGCCUGUAGCCAAGAUCUCUGUGUCCAUCAUAGCUUCUUAACCCUCACUGUGACUAACAAUGCUAGAAUAAAUAUGCAAAAUACUAACGUUUGGAAAUUUUGUUCAAUUCAGCAUAAUUUAUGCUAGCAUAUAGAGUUUGUGUGUAACAGCAGAAGUUACCUUUAGUGAAUUGAAUCCUUACUUGGAGCACACCUUUAAUUGGAAGGCACUCAGAGUGAGACUUAGUAUAAAAUAAGAAAGCUUAUGUUUAUUAAGGGAAGUUCAUUAUUUUUAAGAGAGAAUUCUUUUGUCCUAGCUAACUAAGUAGUUGGUGAAACAAAGAAGCCAUGCUUGCCUCUUUGUUCUCAGAAGAUACAUCCAAAAUAACCUUGCCACUUGAGUUCCAGAGAAAGUUUGAGAGGGGAGACAGAAAUGAAAGAGGAUGCAGCUUUGACUUCCAAGGACAGAAUCACAGAAUUGUAGAGUUGGAAGGGAUCCCAAGGGCCAUCUAGUCCAACUGUCUGCAAUACAGGAAUCACAACUAAAGAUUCUCUGACAGGUCAGCACAGAGAUCAAAGGGAGAGAGGCGGCUUGGAGGUUUUCCACCCUACCAUCUUAACCACAUGCAGACCCUUCUAAGCAAACUGAGCUGCACCGCAACGUCCAGCAAUUAAUAAAUAUGCACAUUUGUGCUUUGUCUUUAUAGCAUGGUUUAUACACAAUCCCAUGCCCACGGGUAAAUCAUAAGCUAGGGAGCAUUACGAGCCUGUAUCUAGACAACUAAUAUUUGCCUUCCUAUAAUCGUUACAACAAACCAAAGGGGAAAGCGGUGAUAGCAUUUGCUCUGUUCCAGCCAAAGGAAGGGCAAGGAGAAAAUGGAGCGAACAAGGUUUCUAGGUGUCCCCAGAAGCAAGGUCCCUAGUGUGGCUGCUGGUUUCCCAGCAAGCUUUCUGUGUACAUUUGGUCCCGGUCGUCCCCCCCCCAAUAUAUGAAAAGGAGAAUUUCUUUUCAGGCUCAGACUAAUUUCCUACUUGUGUGAAAUGCGAUCAAGCCACUAGUGAAGCUUCCUUUCAUAGAGUCAAGUCUGCCCUUGUUCAUCUAGCCAACUAUCGUCUCCUCUGACUGGUAGCAGCUUUCCCAUCACCUGCCAUCUGAGAUCCUAAGAGGCACCAGGGUUGCCGCCUGCACUUGUAAUGCACAUGCUCUGCCAAUAAGCUGUGACCCCUUCCUUGGCAGGUUCCAGUGCUGGGGCUGGCAGUGGGGAAUUCCACGUCUACCGACAUCUUCGCCGGCGAGAAUACCAGAGGCAAGAUUUUAUGGAUGCCAUGGCUGAAAAGGUUGGGUGAUUCCUUUGGCUGACCGUUUCUGAGUUGUUGUACUGCCUCCUUCCCUACAGACCCUAUCAGGUGUUAAAAUCAGUGGAGAAUUACCUCUUGGUAGUUGUGUCAUCCUCUGAAGUUUGGGGGUGGCAGCCUGGGAGAGGGCAUUCUCUGCAGCAGCUCCUAGGUUGUUGAAUUGCUUCCCCAGAGAGGUGCGCCUGCCACUUUCACUCUACGGUUUUCAUGGAAUGCUGAAAAUGCACCUCUUCGCUCUGACCUUUGCACCUGAGAAAGGUGUUUUCAAAACCCACUUUAUUCCCGUGACUAUAAUUUGUUUCAGCUUUUUAAAUAUUAAAUUGUUGCAACCCGCCCUGGGAUUGUAAUGACAUGUUCCCUGUGAUUUGUCGCAGCAAAAACUGGAUGAGGAAUAUCAGAAGAAGCUAGAAAAGAACAAGAUUGUUGCGGAAGAACAGACAGCCAAGCGCAGAAGGAAACGGUGAGAUCAAAGCUGUACAGGAAGCCUAGGGAAACAGGAUCCAGAAUGAGGGGAGGCAGGAAGGUUCAAGGGCAAUAGUUCAGUAAUUGUUUACAGUCCAAAAUGACUUAAGGGCCAGACUAGAGGUUCUUCCUUAAUAUGUAGCAUGGAGCUACCUAUCUUGUUUCACCUUAAAUAAUUGCAGGCGCAGGGUGAGGAAAAGUUCUUGCCAUGGGAAGGCACAGGUUUGAUCUCAACACUGUCCUGCCGUGAUUGGCAUAGUGGUCUGAUUUUCCAUGUGGCUAGGAGCCUUAGUGGGGGAAAUCUCCAUUGACAGAAAAACAGGAUAUGUAGCUGCCAGUCCUAUGAAGGAAUAAUUCCAGUUUUUACCUCUAGGUGGCUGCAAGUCCACCUCUCUGCAGUUCCUGGAAACAGUUUCCUAGAGAGGCAAAUUUCAUCCUACCUCUAGGAUAAUUUGGGAACAGAUAGCAGUUCCCUCCUGGUAAACAAGGCAAACAUGUUUCAAAGCUGUUCACAUGCUCUUCCAUCAGCAGUGAAAUAGGUUGGGUUCCAGAGCAUUAAGAAUUGGCAUUUUAACAACUGCACAGCUCACUUCUCUUUUUGCUAGCAUCAGGGUUGGAAUCUGCAGAAUGUUGGGGCAAAGGGCAGCUUGUUCAUUUGGAGCAUUUAAUUCUUGAUUUACAGGCAGAAGUUGAAAGAGAAGAAAAUGCUGGCGAAGAAGAGUAAGCUUGAACAAAAGAGCGAACAUGCAGGUAAUGUGAAAACACAUCUUCUGGAGUUCAGUUCACCAGGAAACUCCUUCUGCUCUCAAGUCCCCACUGAAAUGAGUUGAGCUUCUGCCUGCAUCCAGAUGUGGGUAUCUUCCAGGGAAGUCCUUUGGGAUUCUGUCAGGGUAGUCAGACCAAAUGACAGCACAGCUCCUGAUGAGAGAGAAAGAGGUUGCAUAGAGCGGCCUUCCCCAACCCAAUCCCCUUUUGGACUACAAUUCCUAUCAGUCCCAACCAGCACUGAUGGGAAUUGUAGUCCAAAACAUGUGGAGGGCACCACUGGAGGAUCAGAAGCUCCAUGGACUCAGAUGAGUUGAGGCAAAGCAGCUGCCCCCUCUGCAGGGACAAAGAACUCUCAAAUAUCUGCAAAACCAAGGAAGGAGGAGCUGUUCCGUAUAGUAAUCCUAAUCCUGGGUGCCUGAGGCAAUGGGAGGACUAUUGCUUCCAAGUUUUUGUUGGGGUUCACCUAAGUGCCUGAGGCAAUGUCUGUAGGAAGGGGAGGCUGUAGAGUUCGCAGCCCAGUGGGGAACAUGACCUUGAUUCUUGAAAUGGGGAAGAGUUGCCCAAUGUUGUUGUCUGAGAGAGUUGGAGAAUUAGGAGGAUUGUUCCUCCCUAAAACAGGCCUGCCAGAAUUUGUUGGACACCAACUCCUAUCAUCCCUACCCAACAUGCUCAAUGGUCAGGGAUGGGAGUUGUACUCUGGCAUCUGGAGGACCACAGGUUCCACAUCCCUGGCCUAAAAUGUGCCUCGCCAUUUUGGGGAAGGCAGGGAGAAAAGAAUUGCCUUGCCUUUGCUGGGGGAGACCAAAAAACCUCAACUGUAAGCGGCCAGCCAUACUUCUGGAAGCUCACAAGCAGGCCAGAAAUGCAUUUUAUCUCCACCAUCUGAUCCACAGAGCUAUCCUGACCCUGAAUAUGAUGGUUCCUUUUACAUAUCAAUCCAUAAUAUUAUUCUGCUCUUUCUUCCCUCAAGCAAGUAGCCUGAUCAUCAUGUCUUUUACCGGCUACAGAUUCCGACCAUUCCCCAAAGCAGCAGACCAGUGAAGAGGAAGAUGAAGGUACUUCUGAGGAAGAGGAUGAUGCUGAAAAGCCCAGCUUCAGGAUGAGAAGAUGAUGGCGCUGACUCUGUGGCUGGUAUCCAGGUGCUGUUGAAGAGCCUGGUGUCUCAGUUGAGCAGGCUCUUCUGAGCUGUUUCAGACCUCCGUCACGGCAGAGGUGUUGCCAUAAGGACCCCGCAGGGGUAUCGACAUCGGAGCCAUGUGAAACAAGAACCUCUUCCAAGCUUGCUUCUGUAACUGCUGUGCAGUCUGCUUACGGGGUUUCUGGGGAAAGAUGCCAGCAUCCUGCCCCUGUGGGCCUUCUUGUUCUUCCUAGCAUUGCUCCAAAGUGGUGUCUCUCUGAAAGCUAAUGCUUUAUCCAUCUGUGUUUUCAGGCAGACCCUUUCCCCCUGAGAGACCCAAGUACACAAAUGGGUUUGUGUGGCCUUUGCUCUCGGGCAGAGAGUGAUCUGGCUUUUUCUAUAACGGAACUUGACACAAACUUAUUCGGGAAUUUCAGUUGGGGUUGUCUUCACAUUGCUGCUGCAAGAGUUGGUUCACCAACACUGCAAGGAGAUCGCUCUCUUUGUUUCAAAAAUGUGAUGUAAAACUUCUGCCCUAAAAGUUAAUAAAAGGGGGACAUCUGAGUGUUUUCUUGCCUGUUCACGAUUGCUGUUUAUAUUGGGCAAAUUAAUGGUGAAAGAGAGAGAAGUGAGCAGAGAGGGGUUGCACCUGUCACUCAAAAAUCUAAAUAUACCCACUGAACCUAAAAAGGUUGGGGACCACUGCAGUGUGGUAUGGAGACUCCCAGGAUGGUGCAGAGACCUCCCAGAAAAGCUGAGUUUUGAGAAGGGGCUUCAAGGAUGUAGGUGCAAGGAUAAAAUAGGUAUAAAAGGAGAAUUCCUGGAUGCCAAGUUUGGGGCAAGAGCUCUUUGGCGAGAGAACAUCAGCAGAGAUUUAAAAUCACAAAAUAGGCAGCAAAGUAAAGCAUGGAAAUGUAGGCUGUUAGUCCUUUAAAAUAUGCUCUUUUGAGUUCCUUCCAAAGUUCCCCUUUCCCCCCAGCAUAGAAGAAGACUACGUGUUUGGCAAGUUGCAAACUUGCGAACACUCCAAAGGUCAGAUUCAUGUGCUUCAGAAAAUUGAAAAGGGCAUAAAACUUGGUUUAGUUGCAAAGUGGUGAAAGUUCCUAAAUUAUUGGUAUAGGAACUCGAGAGGCUUGUUACAGAGUCAUGCAGCUAAACUGGAGCAACCAGCUUGGACGUCUUUACACACUGAGCUCAGGUAGACUAGGAAGGUGAACAAAGACUUGAUCACCUAGUUCCUCCCCAGGUGAACUACGCCUGGUUUUAACCCCUUUGUGCAUUAAUUAGAUUUGAGUAUGUUGGUUAUAUGAGACUGGUUCUCCCACAAAGGAAAGAAGGAAGGUGGCCGGACUGAGGUGUUUCAGGAGGCAGUUCAAGGCACAAGGAAGGACAGGGAGAAGCCUUUGGACAGCUGAAGGCAGCGAAGCAAAGGUCACAGGAAGUGAUGUGUCCAGGUAUUAGGGCAGAAAUAUUGGACAAGGCCAGGUGUGUAUGAAGACAAGAGCAAGGAACCUGGGGGAGAUCUAGGAGAGGGCUAUAGUCAGGUGUAUCUAUUUAAGGAAAAGGGAAUCAUAUGGUCCUACAUUUGGAGAUUUAAGCCUCCUGGUAUUGUGAUGGUAGUCUUGUGCUUGUAAGAACAGAGGAAGGGGCUGCUGGAUCAGGCCAAUGGCCCAUCUAGACCAGCAACCUGUUCUCACAGUGGCCAACCAGAUGAAACCCGCAAACAGGACCUGAGCUGCUGUGGCUUCUAGCAACUGAUACUUAGAAGCAUUACUGCCUCUAACGGUGGAGCCGUAGUUUUGCCAUCAUAGCAAGUAGCCAUUGCUAGCCAUAUCCUCCAUGAGGAGCAGCAUCAUGUUUAGCAGCAGACUGAAAUGGGGGCUUCUGUCUAAUUCUCAGUGGUUUUAUUGAUUCAAGUGCAAAAUUAUAGGGAAAAACUGUCACAAGGAAAGAGUGAGUAAUGGUUUCAACUUCACAUAUUCUGCUGAAAUGCCACCUCCUGGUUCAGUGCUCCCCUCCUCACAUCUCUUGAUUAAACACUUAAUUUUGUUGUAUUAUCUUGC